AGGUAGCUGUGGGCGAUUUUCCUCUUCCGUAGUAGGCCUUAAGAGGCUUCCGACUAGCCGACUCAUAACAGGGCCAGAGUCUACACGUGUAAACCGAGCGUCCAUCAAUCUUAGGUUUGCGUCACAAACCAUCGAUCGUCCUGACUCGGGAUCCCGAGAGCCUCACCUCUCGUGCUGCAUCAGACUGAUUCAGGCCCUCCUACCCCUUCGUACACCUCUGAAUGUUCGCCGCGCCUUCUUCAUGGUCUCUCAGCCCGAUACUUCGACCUCGCUUACGCGCCGGGGACCCUCCUCGGUUAUCUCAAGAGCGUCUCUCUCCCGAUCGAAACGGUACAAUCGUUCGCACGUCGGCAGCACCAACCAGGCCUCCCAGAACGAGUUCCCCUUCUUUUGUCACUCGGGCGACGUAGAGAUCGUUGUCAAGGCUGCCAACCACGAGAACCGAUACUUGCUGCACCGACAUAUCCUCACGCGAUGCUCCGGUUUCUUUGAGGCCAGCACCAGCCAAGAAUGGUCACGCGCAUUGCCGCUCCCCGAGGCGGCCUCGUCUGCCGUCCAGCAGCAGCAGUCGUCUCUCAGUGGUUACGGCACAGAAUCCGUCGUGUCGCAUUCCACUUCUUCGUCCCCGCCUCGCCAGAGAUGGCGCUACGAGCUCGAUCCAGGGGCGGGCGCGGGAGAUAUCCCAAUGCUUGUGCAGAGGUCCUAUCCGUCAAAUCAACGGGAACUGGCUGAUGCGACGCCUUCCCUGUUCGGCCAGGGCGGACAUAUGAACCACAUUACUGCAUCCAUGCCCGGAUCGAUUCCCAGACUCCCAGACCACUCUCGUUCUUCGUCCGUUACUUCCAGCCGCGGCUUCUUUCGGUCGGCAGUCAAUCUCAACCUUGUCCCUAACGCUCCUCCCACGAACCCUCCCCGUUCCCAGGCCGACAUCGAUCUGCUCCGAGACUACGACAACCUAUUCCGCAUAUUCUAUAAUUACCCUCCCAUUCUGGAUGGAAUUAAUAUUGCCGACGCGUACGUCCAGUGCAAGUCCCUACUCGCCCUGUCCGACCAAUACGACGCGCUGGCCGUUGUCGGGCCUAGGGUCGACCACCACUUGCUGCAGUUCCAGUCGAGGCUCUGGAGACAGAUCGCGAAAUAUCCAAUAUCCUACUUGCGCCUCGGUUAUCUGGCGCGCAGCAAGGUCAUAUUCCAAGAGGCGCUCAUCCACGUCGUGGGCCAGUGGCCUUCGGGGGAGCGCAGCCUUCGCGCCGCCCUCCCGGAUGUCGUCCUCGACAUCAUAGAAGACAAGGUGGACGAGCUGGAAGAAAUAGCCAGUCGCGUCGAGGGUCGCCUUUUCCGCCUCGGCUUGACUACAUCUCGCGGCGAGCGCGUUACCCCAGCCACAUCCUAUCUCGACUGGCUGGCUCUCAGUCUCUUCCGUCAGUGGCUAGCCGACAACAUAAGCCCCCCCGUCGUCGACCACCGAUCUCGAGACCGAGACCGAGACCGAGACUCUCGCAACCGACAGCACCCAGGUGCUCAGGUGCAGGCUCCACUGCCGCCUGCCAGCCCGACCCUAGCGGACAUAGGCAGGGCAUAUCGCAUCUUGGGGGUCUCGCCCCCGUCCGCCUAUUUGGGCCAUGACGAAUGCAAGCGCUUCCUCAAACUGACGCCCGAGCUAUACAGCAGGGAGAACCUGCGUCGCUUCGAGAAGCGCAUUGACGAGCUGAAAGCCAUGGCGAGAGAUAUUGUGCGGCCCUUGAUGGGCAGCGGCCUCGCGCUGGACAUGGACGCGAAAAUGGCGGAUGCCGUCGGAUAUCUGACCUGCACCACUGUUGGGGAUCAGGGCCUGCCUUGGCACCUGGAGUGACAGAAGCAGAUGAGGAUAUUGUUUCAGGCGUUUUAUAAGGAUAUGUGGGUAUUUGACGGCGACCUACGUUUUGAUAUUGAGCCAUGGAACGAGUUGAUUGGAUACCCGGUGGAUAAUUUGGUUUGGUCUUUUUAUGCAUCUUUCCCGCUCGUGCUGGGACGUGAGCUUAUGAGAAGGGGUGGAAUUAUAGGAUCUAUAUGUUUUGACUCAACUCCGUGACACGGAGUGGCGUAUAGCAGUGUAUAACUGUGGCUGGACAUGUCCUAUAACUUAAGUCUGUAUAUAUAGGAAUACCAGGAAUCAUAACUUUGCCA